GGGGCAUGCGCGCGCAUUCACUUCCUUCGCGGCUCGUGCUUCUCUCUUCUCUGUGUGUGUUGAUAGCGGCUUUUGCUUCCACACGUGCAAUCAUUCCUAUGUGAAUCUCUUUCUGUUUAGAGCCGCUUUUAAACUUUUCCUGCGCCGUCACAACAGGUGUAAAGCCAUAGAAACGGACCACCAUGGGGGCAUAUCUGUCUCAGCCUAGCACCACCAAGACCUCUUCAGAUGGCGGCAACAGCAACAUGAGCUACGGUUUCUCUGCCAUGCAGGGCUGGCGGGUCUCCAUGGAGGAUGCUCACAACAGUAUCCCAGACUUCGAUGAGGAUACUGCCAUGUUUGCCGUGUAUGAUGGACACGGAGGUGAAGAGGUAGCGCUGUACUGUUCAAAGUACCUUCCUGACAUCAUCAAGGAGCAGAAAGCCUACAAAGAUGGCAAACUUCAAAAGGCACUGGAGGAUGCCUUCUUGGCCAUCGAUGGCAGGAUAACCACAGAGGAAGUCAUCAAAGAGCUUGUCCAGAUCGCUGGACGGCCCACCGAGGAGCCACCCGCUGAAAAGGUGGCAGAGGAGGACGAUUUGGACACAGAGGAGGCAGCUUUGCUCCACGAGGAGGCCACGAUGACUAUAGAGGAGCUGCUGGUACGAUACGGCCAGAACCGCAAUGCUAUCAAACAUGCGGCCGCCAUGAGUCUUAGUGCUUCAGCUAAGAAGGGCUCCAGUUCGCAGCCUGAAUCCUCAGGAGAUAAGGGGGAAGGUUCGGAGGAGCAGAAGAAAGAGGGGCUAAAUGGAGAAGUGGAGGUGGAGGAAAGCAAUGAGGAAACAAAGGAAGGUGAAGGAGCAGCGUGUGGGUCUAAGCUACGAGCCUGUCGGCGAAGAGGAGGUGGCGAAGGCAGUGGCUCAGCUGACAGUGGAGCUGAUUCAGGAAGCUCCAAUGGUGAGGAAAAGGCCGGUAAAGCAGAAGGAGAUGCAGGCCCUUCCUGCUCCUCUUCAUCCUCAAAGGCUUCAGGAGAUUCGAAGUCCAGGUUUUUUGAUGAUAGCGAGUCUGAAGGAGAGGAGGAGGAGGCUAGUGAGGAAGAGGAUGUCAGUGAAGAUGAAGAUGGUGACAGCAGUGAGCUGGAAGAAGAGGAGGAUACAGAAGAGGGAGAAGAAGACUCUGAGGAUGAAGAGGAGGAGGAAAUGUGUCUACCUGGAAUGGAUGGCAAAGAAGAGCCCGGCUCAGACAGCGGAACCACGGCCGUCGUGGCUCUGAUCCGAGGGAAGCAGCUGAUUGUGGCCAAUGCUGGAGACUCUCGCUGUGUGGUGUCUGAACGCGGCAAAGCUGUUGACAUGUCCUACGACCACAAGCCAGAGGACGAGGUGGAGUUAGCUCGCAUCAAAAACGCUGGAGGGAAGGUGACGAUGGAUGGGCGUGUCAAUGGUGGACUGAACCUUUCCAGAGCCAUUGGUGACCACUUCUAUAAGAGGAACAAGUCUCUGCCACCAGAGGAGCAGAUGAUUUCUGCAAUGCCCGAUGUUAAAGUUCUGACACUUAACGAGGACCACGACUUUAUGGUUAUUGCCUGCGAUGGCAUCUGGAAUGUGUUGAGCAGUCAGGAGGUGGUGGACUUCAUCAGCGAGAGGAUCAAACCAGACCAGAAUGGCAAAACCAGAGCACUUUCCUCGAUUGUGGAAGAGCUGUUGGACCACUGUUUGGCCCCCGACACAUCUGGAGAUGGGACAGGAUGUGAUAACAUGACUUGCGUCAUAGUCACCUUCCGGGCACACCCAUCUUCCACAGAUUCGGACGACACAAAGAAGAGGAAGCAUGCAGAGGAGGGAGAAGGGACUGAGCAGGAGGAGAAUGGAAAUGACAGCAAAAAGGCAAAAAGUGACUAAAGAGGAGACGAGAGAAACUGUCCCAGACGGAGCAGCUGGUCCCACGCUACCCCAGACACAACACAGAGACACAUUCUGUUCAAAAUUAAAUCCUUACCUCACAAACGUCAUUUCACCCUGAAGCAGACAUUAGAAAAGCUCUGCCGAACUGAGACCAUGAGAAGUUCGUUUUUUGUUUUUUUUCUGUGCUCUGUUCUUGGUGGAUUUUCAAUUAAGACACACCCUGCAGUAGUUUCUUUUGAUUGAGUCAGCUGGAAAGAGGUUCUUAAGUUCUUAAAUUCACAAAAGGCACACACGAAAUACCACAUCAUUUUCCAACCAGUAGGAUGCUGCAGGGGGGAACCAGUCUAAAGAGUCAGAUGUGUAGAUCCCUGCAGACAAAUGCGGCACUGUUGUUGUUUUUUUGUUAUGUUUUGUUUUUUUAAAUCGCUUUUCACGUAGCAGUUUGUUUUGGUAAAAUUUUGAUCAGUUUGUGAAGUUAUGAGUCUAAUUCAUGUUCACAUGUGUGUGACACAUGCACUUCCAUUGUGGCUUUGCAGUGUAAAACAUUUGUGUUGCCGUUUUAGACUCAGAUGUUGCCAACCAUGAAUUCUUGUUUCACAUCCUCUUCAGACUAACUGAACCCAGAGUGCGGGGAAUGGAUGCUGGUUGCUACGCUGUAACUGUAUAAGAAUGAAUUGAACAAGAGGACUCCCAAAGUGAAGCUUCAGGAUGCAGUGAGAAUGGAUGUGCUGGUUUAGCUCUGUCAGUUUGUGUAGCUCUGCCCAUCAGGAUGAGGACCACACAGACUCUUGUCCAGUUGCUCUAAUUUGCCAUUUAUAUUUUUCUCCCUUUAGCACUCUUUCACAAGUAAGGAUAAAGAUAUAUAUAUUUUUUAAUUUCAGCCUUGCUGCUGAUGCAACAGCCCAACACCUCACCUUAUCCUGCCUUUCUUCAUUCCUGGUUUUGUGUUUUGGUUCAUUUCAAUUCUGUUUCCAGCCAGGGUUUUUGAGCUAGUGUGCUUACCAUCAGUAAGAUUUGAUAGCAGGGGAACCGAGGCCUUUAAUGUCCAUCCAGAGAGAAGUGGCGAUUAGAGCCCGGGACCUAUCUUCACCUCAGCUACUCGCAUUUGUGGUCUCAUUCCCACUAUAACUAAUUUUUAAGGAUAUCUUUAGGAUGUGUUUUAAGUAAAAAGUAUUUCCACUCAGCUGUUUGUUUUUCAUUUAUGAUAAUCAGUCCUCUGGCAGUUUUUCUAACAAUUAAAAAAAUUUAAAAAGUCCUUUUGUGAGCACACUCUGAAAUCUCCUUGACGCUGGACUGGGGGCAGGAUGCACAAGGUUUUUUUCCUGAGUGGAAAUACAAAUUGAGGUUAAGAAAACGGCGUAGACUUUUUUUGUUUUUCCAGUCUCAUUUAAGACAUUGUGUGACUGUAAAGUUGUUUCCAGUGUCCUAUCUCGUCACCAUGCCCUUUUUUCUGUACAUAGUUUUUUUCAAUACUUGUAAUUGAAGAAAAGGAAAAUGCUUUUUCUUUGUAAUUGUGAGUCGGUGUGACAUUUUGGUGCAUACUCUUUUGACACCAGUAUGUAAGUACAUACAAAUACAUUUUUUUAAAUAAUCAA